AUGGUCAAGGCCAGCCACCUUGAUGUCAGUGCAGUGGUCAGCUUCGUCAAGCACUUCAACAUCUCGCCCGACUGGCAUGAGAUGCAGAUACCGCAUGGUUCCAGCCCCGGUCGCGAAGCGCAAAUCGUCCAGUGCCUCGAGCGAGAAUGUCCCGAAGAGGCAGGCAGUUUCUCCUACCGAUAUAAAUGGCCCGUCGCGUGCUCGCAGUAUCCAGCCACGACCGCCACCAGCUAA